AUGGACCCUCCGGUCAGACCCACCCCCGACGAUGAGGCUGCAGACCCCUACUCCUACCUCUUCCCUAUCGGGUUCUCUUACUAUGCCAUAGCAACUCAUCUGAAGCCCGAGUUCUAUCAAAAGCUGGUAGACCGUUGUUGGAGACGAUCCGGAACCCUUCUGUACCGGCCGAAUCCAAGGCACUCGUGUUGCCCACAUUACACGCUGCGCUUGGAUUCAACCAAAAUCAAGCUCACAAAGGAUCAGAGGCAAGCCAUCAACCGCUUCAAUCGGCACAUCCUUGGGUGUGAUUAUGUGGCCAAUGUGAAUCGCCUUUAUCCCCGGACUCGGGCAGAGAAGCGAAGACGUCACAAUGUCUUUGACCUUGUCGAGAGAAUACACGAGUCUGAAGCUCAAUACGUCAAACCAUCUCCAAUCCCAGACCAUGAGUUUACAGUGACUCUAGAACCAGACACGUUUACCGAAGAGAAGUACGAAGUUUUCGAAAACUACCAGCGUGUUGUACACCGCGAGCCUCCGGACAAGAUCUCGCGCCGUGGCUUCCGCCGUUUUUUGUGCAACUCUCCGAUCGUUCGGGGGACGUACCGGGACUAUGACGGCUCGCAACGACCUCUGGGGUCGUACCACAUGUGCUACCGCAUCGAUGGCAAACUUGUUGCUGUGGGCGUGCUUGACCUGUUGCCGGAAUGUGUUAGCGCAGUCUACUUCCUAUACCACGAGUCCAUUCACUGGCUCAAUCCGGGAAAGCUGGGCGCGCUGCGCGAAAUAGCUUUCGCUCGCGAAUAUGGCUAUCGCUGGUGGUAUCCCGGCUACUACAUCCACAGCUGUCCGAAGAUGAAGUAUAAGAUAGACUAUCGCCCUCAAAACGUUCUGGACCCGGAGACGCUGCAGUGGUAUCCGCUCACCAAGGAGACCCUCGAGCUGUUUGACAAGGGCCCCUAUGUUUCCUUCUCUAGAUGGACUGCAGAGCCAGGUGAUGACACCCCUCCAAAGCCCAAGAAGCCCAAGCAGCCCGAGUUCGACUCGGACGUUUCGACUAACUCGAACGAGAGCCAAGCCGAAGAGGAGAAAGAGGAAGCGUUCCUUCUGACCUCCUCCAUGCCCGGCAUCCCGACCCUCGAGGAAAUGCGCCGCAUCAAUAUGGACCAUAUUGUCCUGCGGUCGGAUUACUCGGACCGCUUCAUAGUCGCGUCGAACCUGGUGGUGUGGUCACGCGAAGACAUUGGGCAGCAUCACUCGCUCAAGGCCAGUAUCGCUGAGCUGGUGGCUGCCAUAGGCCCGGAUUUGAUCCCAGAGUUGUGUGUCGACUUCAGGAAGAGGGAGCGGAGCUCGGGAUCGGAUUGA